UCCCGUUGGCCGGCCCGGACACAUGCAGGCAAAGAAGCGCUACGUCCUAGUGUCAGCGGGCGUCUGUCUACUGCUUCUCUUCUACCUGGGCGGCGUGCAGUUCGGGCAGCUGGUGGCGGCGCGCAAGGGCUGCAGCCCGCAGCUGGUGGCGCGGGAGAACGCCGCCGACAACCCCCCAGGAUGCCGCCGCUGGCCGGCGUGGGUCGGGCUCCGGCAGCCGGCCGGCGUGCACGCUAUGGACGAGGAGGAGCAGGAGGAUGGGGAGGAGGAUGGGGGGGAGGAUGGCGACGGGGGGCAGCCGGAGGUCGAAGCGAUGGGUUCGAUCCCGGACGAGCGAGGAGCAGCAGCAGCAGGAGGCGGCGGCGGUGGUGCUGGAGGAGGAGGAGGAGGCGGUGGGGGGGUAGACGUGUCGCCCCGGCGCAGACGGGAGAUCUGGGACAGCGUGUACCGCGGGAGACGCUGUCGCAUGGAGAGCUGCUUUGACGUCAAGCUGUGCGAGAGGAACGGCUUCUGGGUGUACGUGUACCCGCAGCAGCAAGGCGGAAAAGUCGAGAAGGUCUCCGAGAGCUACCAGAAAAUCAUUGCCUCCAUCCAGGAGUCGCGCUUCUACACGCAGGACGCGAGCAAAGCGUGCCUCUUUGUGCUGGCCAUAGACACCCUGGACCGGGACUCCCUCUCCGGCCACUACGUGCACAACGUGAGAGCCAAGAUCCAAAGCCUGCCGCUCUGGAACAACGGCAGAAACCACCUGGUGUUCAACCUGUACUCGGGGACAUGGCCCGAUUACACGGAGGAGCUGGACUUCGACAUUGGCCAGGCGAUGCUGGCCAAGGCGAGCAUCGGCGUGGAGAACUUCAGGCCGAAUUUUGACGUCUCGAUCCCCUUGUUCUCGAAGGACCACCCGCAGAAGGGCGGCGAGCGAGGCUACCUUGGGCACAACAGCAUUCCGCCCACCAGAAAAUACCUGUUGGUGUUCAAGGGGAAACGCUACCUGACCGGCAUCGGUUCGGACACCAGGAAUGCCUUAUAUCACGUCCACAACGAACAGGAUAUCAUUCUGCUGACCACCUGUAAGCACGGCAAGGAUUGGUGGAAGCACAAGGAUGCCCGCUGCGACAGGGACAACCAAGAGUACGAGAAGUACGACUACCAGGAGAUGCUACACAACUCCACGUUCUGCCUGGUGCCCCGCGGCCGACGCUUGGGCUCCUUUCGUUUCCUCGAGGCACUGCAGGCCGCAUGUGUUCCAGUGCUCCUUAGCAAUGGCUGGGAGCUUCCCUUCUCCGAGGUGAUCGACUGGAGCAAGUCCGUCAUUCGCGGGGAGGAGAGGCUGCUUCUUCAAAUCCCGUCGGUCGUUAGAUCAAUUGACCAUGACAAGAUUUUGGCGCUCAGGCAGCAAACCCAGAUGCUGUGGGAGGCUUACUUCUCUUCCGUUGAGAGGAUAGUGCAGACCACACUUGAGAUAAUUCAAGACCGGAUAUUUUCACACAUAGCCAGAAAUAAAAUGUUGUGGAACCAAUCGCCUGGUGGACUAUACGCCCUGCCACAGUAUUCCACGGACUGCGCUGAUUUCCCGUUUUAUUAUGCCACUUUGGGGAUCAAGCCUCUGGAACAGUUCACAGCCGUUAUUUAUGUAGUUUCCCCACUAAUCUCUCAGUCCCAGCCUAUCAUCAAACUCAUACUCGCUGUUGCAAAAUCCAAGUACUGUUCACAAAUUGUGAUUCUGUGGAACUGUGACAAGCCCAUGCCAGCAAGAAACAAGUUGCCAGACACCGCAGUGCCUCUAAUAAUGAUUGAGGGAGAGAACAAGGUGAUGAGCAGUCGGUUUCUACCCCUUGACGUCAUACAGACUGAUGCCGUUUUGGGUCUCGAUGAAGACACGGUCCUCUCCACAAAUGAGGUGGACUUUUCCUUCACGGUGUGGCAAAGCUUUCCCGAGCGGAUCGUUGGGUACCCAGCUCGCAGCCACUUCUGGGACAGCAACAAGGGGCGGUGGAGCUACACUUCGAAGUGGACCAACGAUUACUCCAUGGUUCUCACUGGGGCUGCGUUUUACCACAGGUACUAUCAUUAUCUGUACACAUAUCACCUUCCUGAGAGCUUGAAGGCAAUGGUGGACCAAAUGGCAAACUGCGAAGACAUCCUCAUGAACUUUCUGGUGUCGGCCGUGACUAAGCUUCCACCCGUCAAGGUCACUCAGAAGAAGCAGUACAAAGAGACAAUGAUGCAGCAGGGCUCGAAGACGUCUCGCUGGGCAGACCCCGACCACUUUGCACAGCGGCAGACCUGCAUGAACACCUUUGCCGCGUGGUUCGUGCACAUGCCACUCAUCCGCUCGCAGAUGCGCUUAGACCCUGUGCUCUUCAAGGACCAGGUGUCCAUCCUGCGUAAGAAAUACCGUGACAUUGAGCGACUCUAAGUGACUAAUAUCUGUACCGUGUAACAUCCGUGGCUCAGCAGGACGCCCACGAAGCAGAACCCAAUCACUUACUGGGGCCCUUUCCUGCUGAAAUAAAUACACAUCUAUCUAAAUCUAUGUAGUGGCAAAGAGGGGAGAAAGGGGGUGUGGGCAAAGAGAAGAAAACUAAAAGUAAAUGAAGAUUGUGAAAGGGAUGC